GGACUUCCGCCGCCGGGGAGGCGGUUUUGUGUGUGAGGAGAGAAGCGGGCGGCGCGCGCGGGGUCCCGGCUCCCCUGCGGGGCGGCGGCGGCGCUUCGGGGCCCGGCCCUGUCCGGCCCGGCUCCGGCCUCCUCCGAGUCGAAGGGUGGCGGAGCGGCCUCCUGCGGGCUGCUGAGGGGGCUCCCCCCCGGGAGGGGGCCCCCGCGGGUGCGACGAGCGGGCGGGCGGCGGGGUCCCCCCCGGGGGCUGAGGGGUGGCUGAGGCGGCGGCGGCGGCUGAGGGCCUGAGGUGGUUCUCUCCCCCCCCCGGCCCGGGCGAGGGUCGGGCGGGCGGGCGAUGAAUGGUUUCAGCACCGAGGAGGACAGCCGGGAUGGGCCUCCCGCCGCCCCCUUCUACGGCCAGAGCUGCUGCCUCAUCGACGACGGGGACCGCUGCGUGCGCCCCGCCGGCAACGCGUCCUUCAGCAAGAGGAUCCAGAAGAGCAUCUCACAGAAGAAGCUCAAGCUGGACAUCGAUAAAAGUGUGAGACAUCUGUAUAUAUGUGAUUUUCACAAGAAUUUUAUUCAAAGCGUCCGAAACAAAAGAAAAAGGAAGACCAGUGAUGAUGGAGGUGACUCUCCUGAGCAUGACACAGAUGUCCCAGAGGUUGAUUUGUUCCAGCUCCAAGUGAAUACUCUGCGACGUUACAAGAGACAUUAUAAGCUGCAGACAAGGCCUGGACUCAACAAGGCUCAGCUAGCAGAAACUGUCAGUCGUCACUUCAGGAAUAUUCCUGUGAAUGAGAAAGAGACGCUUGCAUAUUUCAUCUACAUGGUAAAGAACAACAAGAGCAGGCUGGACCAGAAAUCAGAAAGUAGCAAGCAACUAGAAUGAAGAUUAACAAGACUCGGAAUAAGAGGGAUCUUGAAGGAACAGAUGGUAUUGUGCAUUUUAGGAAUAUAAAAACUGUUGAAGUAUAUUGUAAAUUUUUAAAAACGCAGUAAGUCUGGAUGACAGGAAAGUAUAGACAUUCUUAUCAGGAAUAUAUGAAAACAUGUGCACAGCAUGUUUCAUGAAGACUUCUAUUCCCCUCAUUUAAAAGUCACGUUGGAAUCAAGAAAUGAGGAUAAUGAGGAAACAAAGUAAACUUGUAGGACUGCAGAGUCUGCCAACUCAGUGUUUUAAAACAUUUCUGGAAAUCUGCAUCUCAAUGUAAUUUAGAUCACAGAUGGAUUUUUUUUCACUGAAUUUAGACUGCAUCACAAAACACCAUGCAGUUUGUCUUGGCACAGGACUGGAAUAGCAGCAGAGAUGAAAUUCAUUAUCGAGGUGCGUGGGUCAGAAGUUUGUCUGAAGCUUGCUCCCCAUCUACACGUGCUCUGUCUUGCCUUGAGUGAGUGCUUCAAGUCUCAAACUUCUACAAAUGCUACGGCUCACCAAAUGUACUCCAGUGAACGCUACUUGACUAGUCUGAAAUUUUAUUUUUUUCACCUUGUUUCACCCAACAUGGAAGCCAAACAACUUUCUACAACCUCUUUUUUUUCUAAGUUCUUUUAUUUAAGAACUCACUAUUAAUUGUAAGCAUUUAAGAACUUUUGCAGUUCCUCAGAAUGUGGGAUCAAGGCCAAUACAGCUUAUUUGCUGGGUUUGAUUGCGUUGGUAGAAAUGCUCAUUUAAUUCACUUGUAUUUGUUUCCCUUGUAUUCAAGGCUGGGUGAUGAUAGGUGAAAGAAUGGGUUCAACAUCUGUCUCUUAAUCUCUGCCACGUCAGGUAUCAGUCACAGGUGAUGGGAAUUUUACACUGCAGCUAGUCUUUAGCAGGUGUCACAAAACUGCUGUGUGGAUUCAUAGGCUUGGCAGUUUCCAGUGUAAAGACAAGCUAAUGGGUGUAGUGCCAUAACCAGGGUAGCAAACUAGCUGGAGCAUGAUGCAUUUCAUCUGCCUUUACAAGCAAACAAAGCAUCCUGAGUAUUGAAAGUACUUGCCUUUUGUGAGCAUUACGUGUGCUUUCUGAGAGUUCUCUGAAGCAGAGGGUGGCAUGCUGGUGCUCUAAAACUGGACAUUGUAGGAAGAAAUAUCUCUGAUUCUGUUAUUUAAGGCCGAGGUGUCCUUACGAAUAACACAGUAGUUAUUUUGGCAAAAGGAGCUUAUGAAAGUGUUGCUCGUGACUGUCUGUUCUCCUGUGACCUCAAAUUCUACUCAAGGGGAUCUCAUGAUUUAAAGCACCUCUGUGUUUCCAUGCUGUCCUAACCAAUGUCUCUGCUCUGUCAAAAGAUGCCAAGACUCCACGUAGAGAGUGUAUUCUCAACAAGCCUUAAGCAAUGAACUGAACAGUAAAAAACAUUGGCUAGCAUUUUGCCAAUGGCAGGUUUUAAUAUUCCCAGACUGGAUGAAGCUUUGUUGAAGAACGGAACACACAGGUCACAAUCCCAGCUUCGUACUGCAUCACGUGUUUUGUAAGGCAUGAAGGGUUCACACGGUGAAGCUCUUGCUGAAGCUCUCCCAGGGUCUCUUUAAAAAUCACGUCAGUUUAAAGCAAGCUGUUCACACCAGCUUUGAAUUGUGUGCUAAUACUCUAUUAACAAGUUAAAUGAACUUCCAUGUGUUAAAGUCCUGUGUCAUAGUCACAAUAAUCUGUUAUGGUACAUGCCCCAUUUGUGAAGUUUUGGAGAGUGUGAUGGUUUCAGCAUUUCCUUGUUUGUUUCCAUAUGGAUUUUAAGAACAUCAGACGCAAGAGAGGCUCACGGAAUGAGGAGAGGAUGUCUUGCAAUGGUAUUUCAUGAAUGUUUAAAACUUUCCUAAUUAUCCCUGUCCUUUCCUUACUGAAAGGGUGGAGCAGUUCCCACAUCAGUCAACGUGAUCUGGCUUCUCUCAUUCAAGACAGAUAGGUAAAGUGGUACGUUCUCUGACUGCAUGUUAAUAUUCCAAGUGCUCAUGUAAUCAGAGGAUAUCACCAAGGGAUAAUGAGUUUCUGAGUUGAGAGUCGUGCCUCAUCGUAACUUCUAGACCAAAACUGUAAAAAAAAAUGUAGUUUGGGGGUUUCUUUUUUGUUGUUGUAUUUGUUUUUUGUUGUUGUUGUCAUUUGAUUUUAUUUCUAAAAGUAAAUAAAUCUGUUGGGGGUGUUUUAGCAGCCAGCAGCAAAACAAUUCUUUUCAAGGAAAUAUGGUGGCAGGUUCCAUCUGUUCAGGUGUAUUCACUGGAAUGCUUUGUGCAGAGGUGGUAUCCAGGAAACUUUUUCUUUUUUUCUGAAAAUAAUCAAUGGAUGUAAAAUGUGAUUCUUGGUUUCUCUCUUAAAGCAAUUAUACUUCUUGGGAAAAAUUCUUAGUGAAGUGUGAUGAUGAAGAGAUGCUUACCAGCCAUUAGCAGUUGUUUAUAAGGUGGAAAGCUUCGGGGCAGGAUACCAAAGAAACAGAAGAGUCUUUGGCUGUCAGACCCCAUAGCCUUAUAAACCUUUGCAAAUGCCUUAUUACCUUGUUCUCAACUUAGCCAGAGCAAAACGCCUUGAGCAAAAGAAAGCUGAUGUCUCGCUGGCAGGGUUAGCCACUUCCUGGCUGCCACGCUAUAAACUGAAAUCACAUGUCAAUUCAGUAGCAAUAUCCAUGUUCAGGGUGCCUGUGAUUCUUGAAAAGCAUUUAGUGUCUAAUAACCAGAAAACGCAACAAUGCAAUUGUCAUUCUGUAUAAUACCGUGCUGUGUAUUUGAUUCCUUAUGCUGCAUGCCAAUUAAAAAGAAGACUUUCCAACUUUUUUUUUUUUAACUUCAAUGUAAAUUUGUUUGAACCUCACACUUGUGAAGCCAUGAGGUAGGACAUUUUCUCAGCACUUUUAAAUGGGACUUGUUGGAAAGGUGGAAGACCCAAAUUGCUUUGGCUGGUGUGAUAAGUUCUUGGAUUUUUUUUCCUUUUUUUUUCUUUUUUCAUUUUGCUUUUCACAGAUGGGCCUUAAAUUCUGUCUAGCUUUGAACCAUGGAGCUCAAACCUUGGGGCAUGGGGGAUGACCGCAUCAUCUUCCAUUUAUAAUAGUGGAAGCUUCUAUCUUCCAAGCCUGCAUAGGUGACGUUCACCCCGAGGCAGAGAAUCGUCUUUGAAGCCCUCGAGCCAUUACAUAGCCAAACUCAAUUACAUAGACUAAUUCAAUUCUCACUGAAGAGUUGCGUCAGCUUCAUUAGACCUCUGACCAGAUCCAAAGCCAUUAGUAGGAAAUCCAAAUAAUGCAGAAACAUCUCUACCAGAGUUAAUUUCAUCCUCUAUGCUGACCCUCUGCUCACUUUAAGGGAAGAAGAAAUCAUUGUUGGUAGUUACUGGCUUGAGCUCAACUCGAGGGAGUUUGAAGCAUGUGAAGACUGGAGUAAGCAGCAAUCUGAUGGCUGAAAAAUGCAAAUAUAUCCAAGGAGGCUGUGUUACAAUGCAGUU